CCGAGCGAGUGCUCGAGGACCCUUGGGCCCGCCCCCUCUGCUCCUGUCUAGCCCCCUCGGCUAGCUGCUCCCUCGUGGAGAGCAGGCGACCGGGGCGGAGCCGGCACCACCGCGACCAUGCGGCCCAACAUCCUGCUCACGGGUACACCAGGAGUUGGAAAGACUACUCUAGGUAAAGAACUUGCAUCAAGAACAGGGCUGACAUAUGUUAAUGUGGGCGAUUUGGCACAAGAAGGACAGUUAUAUGAUGGCUAUGAUGAAGAAUAUGAAUGUCCUAUUUUGGAUGAAGACAGAGUAGUUGAUGAGUUAGAAAAUAAAAUGAAAGAAGGUGGAGUUAUUGUUGAUUACCAUGGCUGUGACUUCUUCCCUGAACGAUGGUUUCAUAUAGUUUUUGUGCUCCAAACAGAUAAUUCUAUAUUAUAUUCAAGACUUGAAAAGAGGGGAUACACUGUAAAGAAACUACAGAACAAUAUUCAAUGUGAAAUUUUUCAAAUUCUUUAUGAAGAAGCCUUGGCCUCCUACAAGCAGGAAAUAGUACACCGGCUGCCCAGCAAUGUACCAGAAGAACUAGAGAGUAAUUUAGAUCAGAUAAUGAAAUGGAUUGAGCAGUGGAUAAAAGAUAAUAAUUGAACUUUGAGGGUGAAAGCAUGGACUUUGAAGGCUUUCCACAUGAUGGUUAAAGAUUUUGUUGAUGAGUUCUCCCUCCCCCUGCAAUAGAAAUUAAGACAACAUACACCAAAUUUAUGGUCCAAGAUUGUAGAAGUUGAACAAGUGGACAAUAUAUAAGAUUGAGUUAUGUCUAAAUUAAUUUUUUUUCUCCAUGAGAAAACUGAAAACCUCAAGUACAAUGAAUAAGUUUACUAAGGACUUUUAAAGUUUAGGAAUAUUCACCAUUGUCAUUUAUUUUGGUUAACUGCUAAAGAAUAAGCAAAAUUGAGAAAAUAGGUGAAAAUCUUUAAUAUUUGACACAAAGAAAAUGAAGGCUAGGAAGAACUGCUGACUUAUAAAUAAAAGAGUCUAAGGAUAAAGCUAUAAAUAUUACAUUAAGUUUUCUAUUGGUGGUGAAUUGCUGUUUUCUUUCUUUAAUCUUCGAAGUUGGUUAUAAAUCUGGAUAGUCGCAAAGUAAAUGGUGAUAUCUUUGAGAAAAUAGCAUUUUCAAGAGGUCACUGAACUUGUUUGCCUGUAAAAUCACUGCUGAUCUUAGCACUGAUAUUUGUCUCUGCAGAAGAGAAAGAUAAUCACAUUUUCCACAUAAAAGGGAAAUAGCAGUCUUUUCUGCACCCAUGGAAACUAAAUAUUAAUUUAUUGGUUGACUAAUUCAGUCUUGCUAAGUUCCAUGAAAAUUCAUGUGAUAAUGCUUUGUUACCAUAUACGUGGUGAUAAUUAUUAGAUAAAAAUUUAAAAUACAGUAAUUGUGUAUUUCAUGAAAAUGUGUUUAAUAUUGAUAACUAGCACUUUUCUUCCCCCUUUUAAAAACAUAUUUCUGUGCCUUACAGAUGUAUUCUUGAACCAUGAAACAGGCCUUACUUAGCCUUAUUCCUUUGCUUAUGUUACUUUAUGUUCUUUUAUUGGUCAUUCUGAGAAACAAUCCUUUCAAAGAUCACUGGUUGUAAAUCUUACUACCUACAGCUUCAAUCAAAAGGUGAUGAGAAUCUGUGUUUUUGUAAAAGGAAGUCACAUUAAUUGUUGAUGACCUGUAUGACUGAUUUGCCUUUAGGACAUCUUCAUUUGGACAUAUUACUAGCUUCUUAAAUUCAAUUUGCCCACAGAGCAAUAUAUUAAUUUAGGAGAAAUCUGAAUUCAUAUCUUGACUGAUAUUUAACAAAUGUGUGACCUUGGAGAAAUUACAAACUCUGGUUUUGGAAUUUUAUAAAAAAUGGUUGUUAUUAUUUUUACAGUUAGUGUGAAGAAGAUGAUUUAUAAAUUUAAGUGACAGAA